UUAGAACUACGUAUUCUUCAGAUUUCAAUUUCUCUUUCUCUGUUGCUUGUUCAAUUUUCAGAUUUGAUAGCUCUCAAAAUCGUUGAAUUUCGGCGAUCGAAGAAUCUUGGUUAAAUCCAUGGCUGAUGCACAGUUGAAGAAAAGAGGCUAUAUCUGGGCAAUUUCAGCUGGACUCAAUGCAGCUCUUGCCGCCAUUUCAGCCAAGUUCUUCUCAUCUCUCGUGAUUAAGUAUGGAUUAGUUGUAAUCUGCAAUAUGGUUAUGUGGGCAUGUUAUGUUAACAGUUUAAGAGCUUUGUCCUCUCUACAAGCUACUGUCACAAACUUUGCUGCCAAUUUUCUAUCUUCUGGUUUAGCUGGACUCUUUCUUUUUCAAGAAUCGUUAUCGUUUCGCUGGUUUGCGGGAGCUUUAUCGAUCACUAUCGGAGUUCUAAUCCUCAGUAAGUCGAGUGUCGAUAAGAAGAUACUCCCGCGAGUUCGGUCGUUUGCAGAUGAAGCAUUUCGUGUUAACGUCUCUAGCGUGAGGAUUAGAAGCACUUCACACGAUGGUGAUGAUAUUGGCAGACCAAGAACCCAAGUGGAAGUGUUUCGGGUCAAGUUGUUCGGUUGGAUCCUCCAUUUGUGAUAUAAUUGCGGGUUCAUGGAAAUGGACACAAAACAAAAAUAUCUCCAUGGUGGCGGAGUACAGGUCGAACUGCGGUGAGAAGUAUAAACUCGGUCUCAUUUAAGCCCUUUUCUUUGCCAUCAUCGGUCAGUUGCUCUGAAUCUUUUGUUUUAUAUUUUCUUUUGUCAAGUUUAUUUUCUUGGACUCUAAUUUACUGGAAAAAGAUGAAACACACAAAGAUAAUUAACAACAGCUAUAUAUAGUGAAUAUCAGGUCGAUUGUUUUUGAACAAAAAAAA